ACAACCUUUUCUACUGUUGUUUUUCAAGUAGCAAUGGCUUGCCUGUCUGUGGUGGUGACAGUAGUGUUGUUAAUGGCAAGUUUUGAAGUUGGUUUGAGUUCAAAUGUGAGAUAUAAUGUGGAGGAGGAGGCAGAUUGGCAGGAAGCUACUGCUACAUGGUAUGGCAGUCCUAAUGGAGAUGGAAGUGAAGGUGGAGCCUGUGGAUAUGGUAGCCUUGUGAAGAGUGCACCCUUUGGAUCAAGAGUAAGUGCAGGAAGUCCAGAUCUGUUCAAAGGUGGUAAAGGCUGUGGAGAAUGCUAUCAGGUAAAAUGUAAGGAGAGCAGUGUAUGUUCACAAACACCUGUGAAUGUAGUCAUUACAGAUGAAUGUCCAGGGUGCCCAUCUAAUCAUUUUGAUCUUAGUGGAACUGCCUUUUCAGACAUGGCAGUUGGUCCUGCCAAAAUUUCUAGUCUCCUUAAUGAAGGGAGGGUUUCCAUUUUAUUUAAAAGAGUAUCUUGUGAGUAUCCGGGUAAGAAGAUUGCAUUCCAUGUGAAUGAAGGGUCAACUAAUUAUUGGUUCUCUGUCCUUAUUGAGUAUGAGGAUGGAGAUGGUGAUCUUCAAGAAGUCGAUCUAAAACAAGAUAACUCAGAUACAUGGAAAGGACUCAAACAAUUAUGGGGUGCCUACUGGUCUUUAGAUGAAGGUCCUUUGAAUGCUCCAUUCUCAAUUAGAUUGAAAUCUCUUUCUUCAGGAAAGACACUUACGUCAUACAAUGUCAUUCCAAAAGAUUGGCAACCUAGUGCUACAUACACAUCUGUUGUUAAUUAUGACUGAUUAUCAUUCAGAAUAAUUUCCUCCGCAUCCAGCAUAUUCACCAUACCAUGCAUCUACAAACCAUAUCAAACUAUUUUGUAUUAUCUACUGCAGUUUCCUUUCUUUUCUGCCAUUUCCAAUCAGUUCUGAAGGCAUUGUUUCAUAUGCCAAAACUAGUACUGCAGUUUCCUUUGUUUUCUGCCAUUUCCAACCAGUUCUGAAGGCAUUGUUUCAUAUGCCAAAACUAGUGUUGAAGAAACUGUACUGUUGGUUUGUAAAGGUGGCUGCUACCGUCUGUGGUUUCAUCCACUUUAUCUUAAAUAUUAUUAUAAUAUAAUAGUCUUUUUCAAUCUAAAUUCCAAUGUUAUCUACCUAUACUUCUUGUCAUCUAUAGUCAAUUUUCAUUUCAUAUGGGACUUUUGUAACGAAAAUAUCAUAUUAUCAAGACAUUG